CAUCUCAAACUCAAAAUAAAAUCACCUAACCUCACAUCCAAGUUUACAAAAUAAUCAUUUAAACUCUCAAGUCUGAGACAAUGCCCCCUAAAUCUGGAAAAGGCGCAUCAAAAGGAGCCGCCAAGUCAUCGAAAGGCGACGAUUCAGCUUCUGGAGACAAAUCAAAAGAGAAAAAAGGGGGCACCGCCGUAAAAGUAAGGCACAUUUUGUGCGAAAAACAAGGUAAAUGUCUCGAAGCCUUAGAAAAGUUGAAAGCUGGUCAAAAAUUCCCCGAAGUGGCAGCGGCAUACAGUGAAGAUAAAGCGCGACAAGGGGGUGACUUGGGGUGGAUGACCAGAGGUUCGAUGGUGGGACCGUUUCAAGAUGCUGCUUUUGCACUACCUACUUCGACAGUGAAUAAUCCCGUGUACACUGAUCCCCCCAUUAAGACUAAGUUUGGAUACCACAUUAUUAUGGUUGAAGGCAAGAAAUAAAAUAUUUGCCGACAUGAUUGUAUGUAUAAAUGAGCUACUUUAUCAGAUGUUAAAAUAAUGCCUUUUUUUAUAUGUGAAAUAUACAUAACUGCAAAUAAAUA